UUUUUAGUGCAAUAAAGUAGUCGUACAAGUUUUUGUACGUAUUCAGGUUUUUUAUUAAACCGAAAUUCGAAAGCGCACAAAGGUUAAGAAAAAAAAAAAAAAGUAACCGUAUAAUAAUUUAAAACUUAUGAAUUAAUUAAUACACUAAUAUAAUGGAAAAGCAAAAAUAUUUAUAUAAAAACUCAAAAUGCGUCGGAGGAACUUCAUCAACAAUAUCACUGAUCAAUGCAUGGAUAUCAAUAACGGGGCAACGAAAUAUACAAAAAUAUCGUUCUAUUGCAUAUUUAGGAGGGUUUACAAUAGUUGCACUUGCAACGAUAUGGUUUUUGUCACAAUCACCGACAUAUACAGUCGAAUAUGAUCCAAAAAACAAGUCCAGAAAGUCUGAUAAAUCCAAAUUUAACAAUAAGGAGGAUGACACGGGUAAGUUGGAUAAGCGCAGUAAUAACACAAAUAAAAGUUCGGUUGGUUGGUGGUCUUCUAUUCGUGAAAAAGUAUCAAAUAAAUUAGGAUUUGGUAAAAAAUCAAAAUCACAGAAACCACCAAAGAUUGGAAAACCUGGAAAAUUAAAUAGCAAGAAACGAACCUCUAGAGAAAAUGGCAUUACAUUAUCAUCAUCAAAGACAUCCGAUGCCAUAACAAAUGACUCGACUGGUUCGAGUAAUAUGAAAAAUAGUUCUCAUGAUACCAAACCUACACAUAUAAGCAAGAAAGUUCAAGGACCCAGAUGUGGUGACAGUAGUAAUGAUAACUCGCGACAAAAGGAUCAAAAAACUCAAGAUAAACUAAUUGGAUCCUAUGAUGACAAUGGUUCUUCAAGCCACAAUAACUGCCAACAAAAGGAUCAAGUAACUCAAAAAAUUCGAGUUGGAUCCUAUGGCAACAGUAGUUCUAUCAAUAGCAAUAAUUCGCAUCAAAAAGAUGCGAUGAUUCAAGAAAUUCGAGUUGGAACUUGUGGAGGUAGUUUUGUUCCUAACAAUAAUGGAGUCAAACAACAAGAGCUACGAAAGUUAAAAUUAAAGGCUCCAGAUGCUCGUUUUUCUAAACGGACCAAUCGAGAAAACAAACAUCGGCUAGGUGAAUGUUCAAUAUCCAAACAUUCCAAACAUCCCGAGAAAGUUGUUAACUCAACAUCGCAUAUCCGAAAUGUUGAAUGUUUCACAAAACCUAUAUACCAGGAUGCAUAUAAUAAGGAAUUGCUUGCUGAUUUAGAAACAAGAAUCACAGAAACUGUUAAAAAAAUAAAUUUUAUUGAUCUCCAAGGUAUGCACAUAUUUCAUAUUUCAUACCAGUACUUUAUGACAUAAUUAUUGAUAAAAAUUUUUUAUAGAUAGAGAAAAAUAUCGAGAAUUUUACAUUCCUUAUACACCACUAACCUUGCAUGAAACUUUUGACAAAA